AUGGGACUCUCCGGAAUCCGCACCGUGGGGAAGGUGAGCUUCGAUAAGCCAGCAGACGAGCAGGAGGUUCUCCAUAACAGAUGGCAUCCGGAUAUCCCGUUCGCCGGUACUAUAAAGGAUGGGGAGACCGUGAAGAUCGAAUGCGUGGAUUGGACCGGUGGGCAAAUCGGCAACAACGAUAGCGCGGACGAUGUUCGCAACGUGGAUUUGACGAAAAUACACUACCUCACUGGGCCAUUCGAAGUUGAGGGAGCGCAGCCCGGUGAUAUGCUACUCGUGGAGAUUAUGGACGUGCAACCAUUCCAGGAUCAACCCUGGGGUUUUACGGGAGUCUUUGAUAAAAACAAUGGUGGAGGUUUCCUGGAUGAGAUAUAUCCUUCAGCCGCCAAGGCCAUCUGGGACUUCGAGGGCAUCUACUGCACCUCGCGCCACAUCCCGCACGUCAAGUUCGCAGGGCUCAUCCACCCAGGCAUCCUGGGCUGCGCACCGUCGGCCGAGGUUCUCGAGAUCUGGAACCAGCGCGAGGGAGAGCUGAUUGCCGCCAACAAGCUCGACCGCGACGUCGCGCUGCCACCUAAUCCCGUUUGCGCACAUGCAGGCUCCGGGGAUGCGGCCAUCAAGGAAAAGGUGGGAAAGGAGGGCGCGAGAACCGUGCCUGGUAGACCCGAGCAUGGUGGUAAUUGCGACAUUAAAAACCUCAGUCGAGGCAGCAAGGUUUACCUGCCCGUUCAUGUACCGGGCGCCAAGUUCUCUGUGGGUGAUCUGCACUUUAGCCAGGGCGAUGGCGAAAUUUCGUUCUGCGGUGCCAUUGAAAUGGCGGGAAUUAUCACCAUCAACUUCAAGGUGAUGAAGAACGGUAUGGCGGACCUAGGGAUGAAGUCGCCCAUCUACAUCCCUGGCCCAGUUGAGCCCCAGUUUGGGCCCGGAAGGUACAUCUACUUUGAAGGGUUCUCAGUUGACGAGCACGGAAAGCAGCAUUACAUGGAUGUAACUGUUGCCUACCGACAGACUUGCCUCCGUUUGAUCGAAUAUCUUCGCAGGUUUGGGUACAGCGAUUACCAGAUAUACCUCCUGAUGUCGUGUGCUCCCAUUCAAGGCCAUGUUGCUGGUAUCGUGGACAUCCCCAACGCCUGUACCACCAUUGGUCUCCCCGUGGAUAUUUUCGAUUUUGACAUCUUGCCUUCCGGUCCAGCCAAGGCCCUCGAGAUGGGCACAUGUGCGUUUGAGACGGGUGUGAAAGAGGGCAAGGUGACAGCAGGUGGCAAGAACAGUGAGCAUAGCUUCGGGGGCGGUUUGACACACAAAGCAACGGUAGUGGAAAAGGUCAAAGAUGCUGUUUCUAGCUCGUAA